AAAGAACUGUGCCGUGAUGACCGCGGAGGCUGGAUGUGUCAAAGCAGAGGAACACUCGGGUGCAGGGUUGGAUCCCCUCCCCGGCGGAGCCUGCCCGGGCCGGGGUAUCGGACCCCUCUCCGCGGCGUCACGGCCCCACGGGGCCGGGCGGGGCAUCGGAUCCCCCGCCGCGGCGCCGCACCGUCUGUCGAGCGGGUCGGAUCCCCCGUGCCGCGAGCCGCCGGCCGCCCAGCCGUCGGCUCGGCACCGGCUCAGUGCGGCGGCGUGAGGCUCCCGAGCAGGAAUUCCGUGCAGCGGCGCAGCAUGGCCCCCAACGCAGCGGCCCCGGCCCCGGCCCUGGCCACUCCCGGCGACAUGGGCAUCAACGCCGUGCUGCUGGGCCCCCCGGGCUCCGGCAAGGGCACGCAGGCACCGCGACUGAAGGAGCGGUACUGCGUGUGUCACCUGGCCACCGGGGACCUGCUGAGGGCGGAGGUCGCCUCGGGAUCAGAGCUCGGCAAGGAGCUCAAGCAGAUCAUGGACGCAGGAAAGUUGGUGAGCAAUGAGCUGGUGGUGAGCAUGAUUGAGCAGAACCUCAACAAACCUGAGUGCAAGAAUGGCUUUAUUCUUGAUGGGUUUCCCCGCACAGUGACUCAGGCUGAAAAGCUAGAUGAGAUGCUGGAGAGUCGGAAGCAGAAGCUGGACUCUGUGGUGGAGUUUGGCAUUGAGGACAGCUUGUUGGUGCGGCGCAUCACUGGCCGCCUCUUCCACCCAUCUUCAGGUCGCUCCUACCACGAGGAGUUCUACCCACCCAAGCUUCCCAUGACCGAUGAUGUAACUGGGGAGCCCUUGAUCCGACGGUCUGACGACACCCCGGAGGUGCUGAUGAGGAGGUUAGGAGCCUAUCACGAGCAGACCAAACCCCUUGUCAGCUACUACUCCAAGAAAGGCAUCCAUAGGUGGGUGGAUGCCUCCCGGCCUGCCGACGAAGUGUUCAACAAAAUCACCUCGAUCUUUGAAAACGCUAAGAGUAAGGACUUAGUGAUGUUUAUAUAAGGACCAGAGUUUGCUGCUAGCCUUGGAGCACAGUAACGGUGACACAUGAUCUUGAUCGGUCCUCAAACAACCAGAUUUGACUGCCAUUAAUGAGUAAAGAAUUUGGAUAAGGAAAGGUGCAGUUGCUGUGUGUGACUGCCUUCAACCAGCGGACUAAACUGCCAGUGGUGUUAAGGUGGAUAACUGUGGAUACUUUGACAGAUAUUAAAGACUAAAGAUAGAAUGUAAGGGAGCUUCGUCUAGACGUAAAGUUGUCAGUCAAAAUUAACACUGAACAUUUUAUAUAUGUAUACCGUUUUAUAUAUCUUAUAUCUAUAUAUAAUGUAUAUAAAUCCACUUGUGUAUACAUAUGUAUAUAUAUAUAUUCUUGGAUAUUUAUGUAUAUAAGUGUUUUAUAGCAGUUAGGUAUAGAAAUAUUUAUUUUUCAAUUACCAGACUAUUGGAUGAGUGUUUCCUUUCAUAUUUAUCAAGUGUGGAGUGUACACACAGACCAGUUCCCUCAAAGCAGAUAAACCUGUGAGUCUUGCCCACAUAACUCUGAACCAGUGAGUUUGAAGUCGUGUGUAUAUUUAAAUCGGUGUUGUGUCAGCAGACUUACACAACGUGAUGACUUGUACAAAGUGCCCUUCUGCAAUAGUGGAUAUAGGCAGAGACUUGCUUUGUAUAGUUUGUUAAUAAGAGUUUUGUGUAUGGUGCAGUUUGUUCAAAGAUAUUACCCCUAUUUUUAUCCAUGUGGCAAAUGCUUGUCUAAGGGCAUGUGUGUGUAGAUAACCUUGUUGAGGACUGAAGAUCAUGUCACGGUGUCUGACGGCUUCUAAUGUUAAGGACUUCAGGAGAGAAAAAAAUAGACCAUUUAGCUUAAUUAAGUAGCCCAUUCUUGCAUUAUGUCAUUGUAGCUAAAAUAUAUACUUUUCAGGAAUUCUCAAUCUAAGUAAAUAUAUAUAUAUAUAUAUAUAUAUAUAUAUAUAUAUAUAUAUAUAUAUAUAUAUAUAUAUAUAUAUAUAUAUAUACACACACGUAUAUAUAUUUGUUGACGGCCCUCGCAGAGCGCUGCACUAGCAGUGGAGCGGGGCCUGAAACCUCAUCAACGGUAAGCGGUAUAUAUUAGGGUUGCUCGUGUGUGUGUGUGUGUGUGUGUGUUUGGGUUGUGGGUGUUUCUUUUGGUUGUGGAAAGUUUUAGUGAGUGGUGACUGAUAAACAUCUCUUUCAAUAUGUUUAAUAGUAUUGCUGAAGUUAAAUAAAGAAGUCUGUUUUUCUUCAUGAAUGGUGUUAUUGCUUCAUUUCUGGAAGGUUUCAUUUUUGUUCUUAAACCCAAUUAUUGGUGUUUGCUGUGACUAGAAGGGAGGCUAUCUUACUUCCCUAGGCCACCCUGUGUGUGUUUGAAAUUAUAAAAGCAGCCACCAGCAACACAUUCUUUUAAGAAAAUUUGUGGUGGGUUGUUGUUUUACUGUCUGGGUGCCUCUCAGGUCUGUAGAGAGCAAUGACAUGAUAAGCAGCUAAUCUGAACCUCACAUAGUGAACUAGUAAAUGGACCUGUGUAAGGGAAUGGCUUGCAGAAAUAAAUGUCCUGAAAAUGU